ACUGACUGGAUAGAAUCCUCACUUAAGACGGAGCCUCACUAAAAUCACACUGGACCACCUCACUCAGCAGAGAACAGCAGACAAUUUAUCCUCAAACCAAAGAGGUCUUCAUCUGUAGCCUCAUUCAUUCGCAGCUGAGUCGCAGGAGCUGAAGAUGAAGAGCAGGUUUCCUCUGGUGGCGUCUCUACCGCUCCUGUUGUUGUUGAUGAUGAUGAUGAUGAUGAUGUUCUCCUCCACCCAGGCUCGAGAGCAAGGAGCUCCGUGUAACACACCAGCGAAGGCCGACAUCGUGGUGCUGGUCGACGGCUCCUGGAGCAUCGGUCGCAUCAACUUCAAACUAAUUCGUAGCUUCAUCUCUCGCAUGGUCAGCGUCUUCGACAUCGGCCCUGACAGAGUCCAGAUUGGUCUGACUCAGUACACCGGUGACCCAAAGACCGAGUGGCACCUGAACGCUCACCCGACCAAAGAGUCGCUGCAGGAGGCCAUCUCUAACCUGCCGUACAAAGGCGGGAACACCAUGACAGGUAUGGCUCUGACCUACAUCCUCAACAUCAACUUCAAAGCCGAGGUGGGAAUGAGACCCGACUCCCGCAAGAUCGGCGUCCUGAUCACUGACGGAAAGUCACAGGACGAGGUCCUCGUCAGCUCCCAGAGCCUGAGAGACAGCGGCAUUGAGCUCUACGCCAUCGGUGUGAAAAACGCCGACGAGAUUGAGCUCAGGUCCAUCGCCAGCGACCCCCACGAGAGCCACGUGUACAGCGUGAGGGACUUCAUGUUCCUGGUGGACAACGUGGACGACCUCAGCAGCAACCUGUGCAACAGCGUCAAGGGUCCAGAGCUGCUGAAGAGCAUGGAGGUUUAUGAUGAGGGCGUCUCCACUAUGUGGGUGAGAUGGGAGAAGGUGCCCAGAGCCACCGGCUACAUGCUGCUCUACAGACCCAUCAGUGCCAUCGAGUCACAGCUGGUUUACGAGCUACGAGUUGGAGGAAACAUCAAAAGCGUUCAGUUGGAGCAGCUGAUUCCCAACACGGUGUACGACAUCACACUCCACGCUCUGUUCAGAGAAGCUCAGGAAGGAAGAGGAGUCACCUUGCCCAGGCCUCCUGCUGGAGUCCUGACCAUCACCGACGUGACCCACAGCACCAUGACGCUCCGUUGGGACGCUGCUCCUGGAGCCGUGCGCAAAUACAUGAUCACCUACCAACCAGAAGGUGGCGACCUCAGUGAGGUCCAAGUCAGCGGCGACAUCACCUCCCUGCACCUGUCCAGCCUCAUCUCCAUGACCGAGUAUAAAGUCACCGUCACCCCGGUGUACGACGAGGGACCUGGAUCCCCGAUGCUGAACACGAUCAUCACGUCAAUCGCUGAGGAAUCGCUCUAAUCUGUGACCAGACUGUCCAAUAGAGCGCUUGAGGGGGCGUGGCUUUCAUGAGAGUGGGGGGUGCUUCAUACAGCUCUGCUACGACCUGCACUCGCUAACUUUCCCUGGAUUAUAUAUACGGUGCUUUUCCACAGUUCCAGCGCUGCCAAUGUUCUGCAUCUACACAAACAACAUUACUGUUUUGUGUCUUGUAUUUUGGGGUUUUACAAAUAAAUAUGUAUUUUACAUACAUUUAUAUAUAUACAUA